CUUUAAAAAAAAAAAACAUGCUGGGAGACCGUGGAACUUGUUACCACCCCAAAGAUUUUUCUCAUUUUAUUGUUUUUGAGUGAUUGUCCACAAAUGUGGACACCACGCCUUUUUGUUGGGUUGGUUCUUCAGUCGCUAGGUGGAGAGAGAUGAAUCCACUCAAGAUUAGCACUUACAGAAACAACACUGCAUCUUCCUGGCUUAUGCAAUUCAGUUUUCUUUGGCUGCUUAGUCAGAACUGUUGCAGAGCCAGUGCUGUUUGGAGCGCUUACAUGAACAUCUCCUAUCACGUUGGGAAUCGGGUGCUGUCAGAGUUGGGGGAAACCGGAGUGUUUGGAAUAAGCUCCACUUUGAAGAGAGUGGUGGGAGUCCUCGUGCCGCCCGAUGGGAAAACUCAAAGUGCAUGUAAGCCCAGUACCAGUUUCACCAGAUGGAGGAACUCCGAGACCUGGCUCGCACUUGUUGAACGAGGCGGGUGUACCUUCACGCAGAAAAUUAAGGUGGCCACUGAGCAUGGGGCCAGUGGAGUGAUCAUCUACAACUACCCAGGAACUGGCAAUCAGGUUUUCCCCAUGUCUCAUCAGGCAUUUGAAGACGUCAUCGUGGUGAUGAUUGGUAACCUAAAGGGCAUGGAUCUUUUGCAUUUAAUUCAGAAGGGAGUUCCCAUUACAGUCACAGUUGAGGUGGGGAGAAGACACAUCAUCCGCAUGAAUCACUAUUUUGUCUCUUUUGUGAUCGUCACAACUGCUACUUUAGCGUAUUUCAUCGUUUUUCAUGUUUGGAGACUUUGGAUAGGGAGGAUUCAGAACCGGAGAAGGCAGCGGUUAACAGCCAAUCUCAAGAAAGCCUUUGGCCAGCUCCAGCUUCGGGUUCUGAGAGAGGGGGAUGAGGAGAUCGGCCCAAAUGGAGGUAGCUGCGUAGUUUGCUUUGAUGUCUAUAAACCCAACGAUACAGUUCGUGUUCUCACCUGUAAACACUUUUUCCACAAGAAUUGCAUCGACCCCUGGAUUCUGUCCCAUGGGACAUGCCCCGUGUGCAAAUGUGACAUUCUUAAAGCGUUGGGUAUUCGGGUAGAUGUUGAAGAUGGAGUAGAAUCUUUGCAAGUUCUCAUGUCAAAUGAAUUGCCCAGUGCCCUGUCCCCUGGUGAAGAGGAGACAGAUAACGAACUUCCUCCUGUAGGAGAGUCUGACAAAGGGACCCCUUCGGAGGGGCUGCCACCUCAGAAUGACAGCCAGCCUAAGUCAGUGGUGGGAGAUGUUCGUCCUUCCCCUUGACAGCAAGACCUUUGCGGAAGUGGAUUAAACCUGUUUGUCAACUCAAGUCCUAAUACUGACAAGCAGUUUCUGUUUGAA